GUACUUGAUUAAAGACAUCUUUUGUUGUUUAAAACCCGAUGGUACUUUUGGGAAUUUUAAGGGCACUAAAGUCUUUUGAUUUUGGAUAUUGUUAGGUAUCAUGGUAUUUGUUGUGAUGAUUGUUUCACUUUUAUACUUUUGGUUGGCGAUGCUAAGAAUUGAAAACGAAACCUUUUCGGGUCUGGUCAUUGAGACGUGAGAAAGAAAGAAAGAAGCUUUUCUGGGUAGAAGUCAGGUUUUCAGUUAAUGAUGAAAAAGUCAUUGUUGUCCUUGAUUGUUUAGAGAAGUAGUAGUCGUGACUUUGUGCCUUUUUUAAUUACUUGAUUCUAAGGAAUCUUCAAGUAUUCUUUUCCCAUUAUUUCGAGAUACUGCAGCGAUGAUGGUUUCUGGUUUUGGACCACUGGAAAUGCCAUGGCAGGCAGUUUCUAUUUGUUCUUCUUUUUUUUCUGGCUUCAGGGAUGUUGUUUUCAUCGUGUUAUCAAAGGUUUUAUGGUUCAAGGUGGGGAUAUCUCUGCUGGAGAUGGCACUGGAGGGGAAUCUAUUUAUGGCUUGAAAUUUGAGGACGAGAAUUUUGAACUGAAACAUGAAAGGAAGGGAAUGUUAUCCAUGGCCAAUGCUGGCCCAAACACAAAUGGUUCACAGUUCUUCAUCACGACAACUCGCACUUCUCAUUUGGAUGGAAAACAUGUUGUUUUUGGCAAGGUUGUUAAAGGAAUGGGAGUUGUUCGUUCAAUGGAGCAUGUUACAACUGGUGAUGCUGAUUGUCCAGCUUCUGAUGUUAUAAUUGUUGAUUGUGGAGAGAUUCCCGAGGGUGCAGAUGAUGGGAUAUGUAAUUUCUUCAAGGAUGGUGAUGCUUACCCCGAUUGGCCAGCUGACCUUAACGAGAUUCCUAAUGAACUGUCAUGGUGGAUGAGCGCUGUAGAUUCUAUUAAGGCUUUUGGAAAUGAACAUUUCAAGAAACAAGACUAUAAGAUGGCGCUAAAAAAGUACCGGAAGGCUUUACGCUAUCUGGAUAUCUGUUGGGAGAAAGAAGGGAUUGAUGAAGAGAAGAGUUCAGCUUUGAGGAAGGCGAAGUCACAGAUAUUCACCAACAGUGCAGCUUCUAAGUUGAAAUUGGGGGAUCUGAAAGGAGCUCUUGUGGACACAGACUUUGCAAUACGUGAUGGAGAAAACAAUGCUAAAGCUCUUUUUCGCCAGGGACAGGCAUACAUGGCUCUCAUGGAUGUUGAUGCUGCUGCUGAAAGCUUCAAGAAAGCAUUGCAGUUGGAGCCAAAUGAUGCUGGAAUAAAAAGGGAGCUUAAUGCUGCUAGGAAGAAGAUUAAUGAGAGACGUGAUCGGGAGAGAAGGCAAUAUGAGAAGAUGUUCAAAACUUCAGAUAGUACUUCUGCAGAACCGUAGCCUAUUGGUUGCAGUUUCCUUGAAUUGCAAAAGCCCUCGAUUUCUUUUGUUACUAGUUUCAUGGACUGAACUGGUUCAGGCUUUUUUUGUUUACAGACUCUGUUAUUCUUGAGGGAAUAUUAGGUUUUGUCAUAGAGCAAAGGAGCCUUUAUCAAAGGCAACUGUACAAAUUUGAGGCUUGAACCAAUUCUUAUUGGAGUUUGCAUGGAAAUUGUUGUGAAACUUACAGCUGGCAAACAAUGAUGAUUUACUCUUUUAUGGACAUAAAUCUUGCCAUGUUCUAACAAUGAUGAUUCACCAGUCUUCUUUUUUUCCCCCAUCUUCUUUUACCAAUGAACUGACAUUUUUUUUAUGCUGCUUCUAUAUGUAUCGAGUGCUGUAUUAAACAUUGAUUGACCUGUA